AUGAGCGAAGCUCUUGAGGAACUUGAAUAUACUACCAAGGACGUCAAGGACGUGAAGUCUCAUUUGGGGUCUGAAGGCGAGAAAUCGGCUCCCGCCAAGCGUUCUAGGAGCCUGGAUGAUGUGAAAAACGUUGAUGAAGCUAGUACGGCCAAAAAGGUCAAAAAUGAAGACAAGAAGAUCGAAGUUAGUGGCUCCGGCGAUUUUGAAACAGCUCAGAAUGACGAGGUACCGGUGCGAGAAGAAAAGGACGAAAAAUUGAAGAAAAAUGAAGCAAGCAAAACGAAUGAAACGCGCAAGCAAUCGCUGUCCCCAGAAAAUGAAGAGACAGACAAGAAAGGACCUUCCAACGUAAUCAAAGAAAGGGAAUCUGUCACCGAAAGUAAGUCGAAACAGGAAGAAAAGCAGACUCCAGAAGCUCCAAAGUCAGAGGUAAAGCCCAAAUUUACCUUUGGCGCAUCGUCCAGUUUUAGCAGUGGCUUUGGGGUUGCGAAAAAAGCUUACCAAGACAAGAACGUCCAGAAAGUUCAGGAUGAGAAGCACAAUUCUGAAACUUCAACUUGCGAGGCUCCACAAAGUGCGCCAAAGCCCGCUGUAUUUGGAUCUGGUUUUGCCUUUGGAGCUGGUUUUUGCGCUCUAAAUAAGGGAAACACCACUUCAAGCCCCAAGGUUUUCGAAAAUGAGGCCGAAAAGGCAGAGAAAGCCAAGAGUUCCAACUCUACUCCGACAGUAUCCAGGAGCGACGAGAAGAGUAGCAGCGCAGAAAGUGACGGUGUGGUAAAACUGACGAAACAAGAGGUGAAAUCCGGCGAGGAAUCCGAAGAGUCUAUUUUUCAGGCUAACGCCAAGCUGUACCAGCUGAGCGAUCUGAAGGAUGGGUGGAAAGAAAGAGGCGUAGGGGCCAUACACGUGAACACAGACCGUCGCACCGGCAAAGGGCGUAUUGUAAUGCGCUCUCGCGGGAUUUUGAAGGUGAUUCUCAACGUCUCACUGGUCAAGGGUGUUAUUGUUCACAAAGGGUUCCCUGCCUCUCUACAUGGCGAGAAAUUCAUUCGCAUUGUCACGAUUGACCACGAAAAAACGCCUGUUCAGUACGCUUUAAGAACCGGGAAAGAAGAAACAGCUACCGAAAUGUAUGACCACAUUUCGAAACUUAUUCCCUCCUCUUAG